CUGGCAGGUGCCAAUAUUCGAAAAUCCGUGGACUCCCUCACAGCGGACGAAGUUAUCAGUCUAAGGGUGGCAUUGAGUGGAGUGCAGGCCGAUGAAGGGUCAGAAGGGUUUCAGGCUAUAGCCGCCUACCACGGCGCUCCGGCCGGCUGUGAGAUGGAAGACGGCACCAAGAUCGCCUGCUGCAUCCAUGGAAUGCCCGUGUUUCCUCACUGGCACAGGCUAUACGUUGCGCAAAUCGAACAAUCUCUUGUCAAACAUGGUUCUAGCAUUGGGGUUCCCUACUGGGACUGGUCAAAGCCAAUUUCGGAUUUGCCUGACAUAGUUCGAGAACCACUGUUUAUCAACCCAGCUGAAGGCAAAGCGCAAAAGAACCCGUUCUAUGAGGGACACAUCGACUCAGAGAACACCUACACCGCAAGGGCAGUGGAUGAACGACUCUUCGAGAAACCAGACGCUGGUAAGUUCACUCCCUUGAUGGAAGGAAUUCUUCUGGCUCUGGAACAAGAAGACUUCUGUGACUUUGAGGUUCAGUUUGAAGUUGCCCACAACGCUAUUCACUACAUGGUUGGUGGUCCAUAUAACUUUGGUAUGUCAACUCUCGAUUAUACCUCUUAUGACCCAAUCUUCUUCCUGCACCAUUCCAUGGUUGAUCGGCUUUUUGCGAUCUGGCAGGCCCUACAAAAGCAGAGGAACAAGCCAUCUGACCACAGCAACUGUGCUAUACAGGACAUGAAACGUUCGAUGAGACCAUUCAACUUUGACACAAAUCCGUACCAACUGACUCAAUCCAAUGCAGCCCCCGACAAUGUCUGGAACUUUAACGUCUUGGAUUAUGACUACGAUACGCUAGAGUUGAACGGAAUGAAUAUUGAGCAACUCAACAAACUUCUCAGUGACAGAAAGGCGGAAGCUAGAGUGUUUGCUGCGUUCAGGCUAAGCGGAAUUGGCACCUCUGCUGAUGUGAAAAUGUACGUCUGUAUUCCCAGUGGUGAUGCUAAGCGCGAAGAUGACUGUUCUCACUACGCUGGCCGAUUCUUCAUUCUGGGUGGACCCAUAGAGAUGCCAUGGUCAUUUGACCGUCACUACCUCCAAGACAUCACGAAAGCCGUCGAUGAUGCGAACUUACCGUACGACGGAAAUUACUACGUCAGUAUCAAGGUGUCGGCUGUCAACGGAACAAGUAUCCCCAGCAGUGUCCUUUACAAACCGCAAGUGGUUUACCAACCGGCAAAGCAAUUUGUUGACGUUACCCCACCCAAGGGUGAUCCUGCUGCCUUGGCUGUUCGCAAAGACGUAAGUCGUCUCACUCCCACCGAGGUGUACAACCUCCGCGAAGCUAUGUCCCGCUUCGCAAAAGAUAAAUCCGUCGCAGGAUUCGAGGCUACAGCUGAGUACCACGGCUUACCAGCUCGUUGUCCACGCCCAGAUGCUAAAGAGAGAUUCGCUUGCUGCGUCCACGGAAUGGCCACGUUUGUCCACUGGCACAGGCUUUACGUUGUUCAAGUUGAAGAUGCUAUUCGCAGACGAGGUUCAGGUGUUGGCGUCCCAUACUGGGAUUGGACAGAGCCGAUAGAAGCCUUACCAGCUCUGGCAGGAGAAGCGACAUAUUUAGACACUAAGACGAACGAGAGAUUGCCAAAUCCCUUCUUCAAAGGCCAGAUACCAAUGGUUGGCUCCGAAACAUCCCGUGAUGUACAAGAUGGACUGUUUGAAAAACCAGCGUUCGGCGAGCACACAUCCCUAGAUGAAGAGGUCAUGUAUGCAUUAGAACAGGAUCACUUCUGUGAUUUUGCAGUUCAGUUUGAAAUCGCUCAUAACAGAAUACAUGCCCUAGUAGGAGGGAGUCAACGCUAUUCUAUGUCAUCGUUACAUUUCACUUCAUACGAUCCGCUCUUUUUUCUGCAUCAUUCAAACGUGGACAGAUUAUGGGCCAUUUGGCAACAACUGCAAAUUUUACGAGGUAAACCUUUCAAAGCCUAUUGCGCCAAUUCCGAUGUUCAUAUGUCCUUGAAACCUUUCGGUUUUCCCGCCCCACUCAACUCAAACCCCAAGACGUUUGAACAUGCUGUCCCUACCAACAUAUACGACUACGAGAAUGAGCUGGAUUACACCUACGACACCCUUCAGUACCACGGUAUGACCAUGGAACAACUCAACAUUUAUCUGCGGCGAAGAGGUCAGAAAGACCGUGUCUUCGCGGGUUGCAAUCUUAAGGGUAUUCGUACGUCGGCUAUGGUUGACUUUCAAAUUUGCAAGCAAGACGGAACUUGUGGGGAAAGUGCUGGACAUUUUGCUGUUCUAGGUGGACCAUUUGAGAUGGACUGGCGAUACGACCGCCCAUAUAAGCAUGAAAUCACAAAGGCCCUUUCCGCUCUGGGACUGACUAAGGAGGAUGUCUUCUCCAUUCAUGUGGACAUUACAGACGUCAACGGCACGGCGUUAAAUUCCAACCUGGUUCCUUCUCCAUCCAUAAUAUUUUCACCUGCAGCAGGGGAGGAGGAGUUUGCUGAUGACUGGACAAUCGUGAGAAAAGACGUUACUCGUUUGUCCCCGGAAGAAACUACCGCUCUCCGUGUCGCUCUCCAAGCUGUGAAGGAUGAUUCCUCGGUCGGUGGAUUUCAAACGAUUGCUGGAUAUCACGGGAUUCCCACCCUUUGUCCCACCCCAGAUGCAGCUUCCAAGUUUUCAUGCUGUGUACACGGUAUGGCAACGUUCGCACAUUGGCAUCGACUGUACACUGUUCAGUUUGAGCAGGCAUUGAGAAAACAAGGGUUCACCGGAGCUCUGCCGUACUGGGACUGGUCCAAACCUAUUUCAAGCUUACCAGCUUUGGCAACGGAUGAUACUUUUAAAGAUCCUACUACUGGAGAGGAUAAACCUAACCCUUGGCUUAGCGCUACAAUAGCAGCUGCAGGUGACGUCGCCACUGAACGUGCUCCAAGAGAUGAACUCUUCGUCCAACCCGGUUUUGGACAAUUCACAAACCUGGGAAAGCAGUUGCUCUACGCCUUUGAACAAGAAGACUUUUGUGAUUUCUCCGUCCAGUUCGAGAUAACCCACAACGCUAUUCAUGCACUCGUUGGCGGGAAUAAACCCUUUUCCAUGGCAUCACUUAGGUACACCACAUUCGAUCCAAUAUUCUUCCUGCAUCAUUCCAGUGUGGACAGGUACUGGGCAAUUUGGCAAGCCUUGCAAAAAUUCCGCGGUAAACCCUACAAUAAGGCUAAUUGUGCCUUGGAACAGAUGAGAGGUUCCCUGAUGCCAUUUAACCUUGGCGCAGAUGUCAACCCGAAUGACUUGACUCGAGAUAAUUCAGCACCCUUCCGUGUGUUUGACUACGAAAACGUGUUCGGAUACAAUUACGAUAACCUAGAGUUCAAUGGUCUGUCCAUCUCGGACCUCUCGCAUGAAAUAGAAAAUCAAAAGUCACACGACAGGGUCUUCGCCCAAUUUAUGCUACAUGGGAUCGAAAAGUCUGCCCUGCUGAAGUUCUACAUCUGCUUGUCGGCGGAAGACUGUGACCACUUCGCCGGGGAGUUUUACAUCCUGGGAGACGUGGCUGAGAUGCCGUGGAUAUAUGACAGAGCAUACAAAUAUGAAAUCACCUCACAGCUGAAGGCCCUGAACCUGCGUUUCGGUGACUCUUUCUCCAUACGGAGCGUUAUCUUGGAUCUCAACGGGAACGAAAUUCCACCCGAUACAUUCCCAUCAGCAACAGUCGACUUCGUGCCGGCACAAGGGACGUACGGUACAGAGGCGGAAUGGGUUGAGCCUAUAACUGAUGCAAGCAGAAUCCGUAAAGAUCUAGCUACGUUGACAGUUGGAGAGACAGAAAGCUUGCGCAAUGCUUUCCUGCGACUUCAAAAAGACAAGAAUCGAGGGUACGAAUACAUAGCAGGAUUCCACGGCCUCCCAACAAAGUGCCCCUCACCAGAUAAUCCAAAGUAUGCAUGUUGCUUGCAUGGGAUGCCUGUAUUCCCACAUUGGCACAGACUUUAUGUUCUUCAGGUUGAAAACGCUCUUCUCGCAAUUGGUUCCUCCAUUGCUGUUCCCUACUGGGAUUGGACGAAAAGGAUUGAUAGGCUGCCACCUCUGGUUAGCGACUCCACUUUCUACAAUUCGAGGACCCUUCGUCUGGACCCAAAUCCAUUCUUCAGGGGUGAAAUUAGCUUCGAAAACGCAGUUACAACCAGGGAUCCUCAGCCAGAGCUGUAUAACAACGAUUACUUCUACAAUCAAGUCUUAUUGGCUUUUGAGGAAGACGAUUUCUGCAAUUUUGAGGUUCAGUUUGAAAUUGCUCACAACGCUCUCCAUGCCUGGAUUGGUGGUCGAGAUCCGUACUCAAUGUCCACUUUGGAUUACACGGCAUAUGACCCUAUUUUCUUCCUACAUCAUACCAACGUGGAUAGACUGUGGGCAAUCUGGCAAGAAUUACAGAGGUACAGAAAGAAACCAUCCAAUACCGCUUUCUGCGCACUUCCGUAUAUGCAGACGCCUAUAAAGCCAUUCAGUUUUGACAGGUCAAUCAAUUAUGACUGGAUGACCCGUGUGUACAGUCGACCAAGUGAGGCCUUUGAUUACCAGAACAACUUCGGAUACAAAUAUGACACCCUCGAAUUUAAUGGCAUGAGCAUCCCAAAGCUUCAGAGUCUGCUUGAAGUUCGAAAAUCCCAGGAUAGAGUCUUCGCCGGAUUCCUGCUCAGUGGAAUUCAAACAUCUGCAAACGUCAGAAUUUUCAUAUGUUUACCAAGAACUGGGUAUACAGACUGCAGUAAUUACGCAGGCAUCUUCUCGGUUCUAGGCGGAGAAACGGAAAUGCCUUGGUCUUUUGACAGACUCUACAAAUAUGACAUCACCCCGGCUCUUUCCGACCUUGGCCUCACCGCCGAUAGUAACUUUGAUGUCUCCAUUGAAAUUAUCGCCCGAAAUGGAUCCAGCCUUUCCCCCGAUCUGUUCCCUCGACCGACAAUCGUAUAUGUGCCAGGCACAGGACACGAGAUGCAGUCCGAUAGCCAGCACGAUAGCCGAGAACUUGAAAGGAAAAACAUCAACUCACUCUCACCAGGGGAUAUCUCCUCCCUGAUGACCGCGUUCAGGUCGAUGAUGGCCGACACCUCAGCAGAUGGUUACCAAGCCAUAGCCUCUUUCCACGCGAUCCCAGCCUUAUGUCCUAAUCCCACGGCUGCCCAAAGGUAUGCUUGCUGUGUCCACGGUAUGGCAACUUUCCCUCAGUGGCACAGAAUAUAUGUUGUGCAAGUUGAAGAUGCACUGAGGCGCCAAGGCUCCACUGUUGGCCUACCGUAUUGGGACUGGCUAGAACCAUUUACUGCUCUUCCUAGUAUUUUCACAGACGACGAGUUCACAGACUCUGUUAGCCUGAAGACAUUCAAGAACCCACUGAAGAACGUCCAUAUCGCUUUUGAAGACACACAUGUUGAAAGAGAUGUUAUCGCCGAGAAACUGUACGAGCAGCCAAAGAAUGGCAAACAAACAUGGAUUUACGAGCAAGUUAUGUUGGCUUUGGAGCAGACAAACUACUGUGACUUUGAAGUGCAGUUUGAAAUUGCUCACAAUUCCAUUCACGCCUGGGUUGGUGGCUCUAAAAAACACUCGCUUGGGCAUCUCCAUUAUGCUUCAUACGAUCCAAUAUUCUUUUUCCAUCAUUCAAACGUAGAUAGGCUCUGGGCUAUAUGGCAAGAGUUACAGAGAUACCGGGGUUUAGGAGGUUCAGACGCCAACUGUGCUCUUGAACUGAUGCGGGUACCUUUGAAGCCAUUCAGUUUUGGAGAACCUUGGAAUCUCAACCCUCUAACCAAGAAAUACUCCAAACCCGCCGAUACAUUUGACUACAAGAACCAUUUCCAUUAUCAUUAUGAGCAUUUAGAAGUUGGCGGAUUAAAUGUACCAAAGCUGGACAGAUACCUGAGAGAAAGACAGGAACACGACAGGGUAUUCGCAGGUUUCCUAUUGCAUGGCUUUGGCAGUUCAGGUACAGUAAAGUUUAACGUGUGUGAUCCCAAUGGCAAAUGCACAGAAGGCGGUUCCUUCCACGUCUUAGGUGGGUCCAUGGAAAUGCCGUGGGCUUUUGACCGUCAGUAUCGGUAUGACAUCACAUCGGCCGUGGAAGCUCUGGGUGCAAGAAAGGAUGACGCCUUGUCAAUCUCUGUCAGUAUCGUGGCUACAAAUGGAACAGAAGUACCAUCUAGCAUCCUAAAAACUCCCAACGUAUUCUUCGUACCAGGAAAAGACACUGUAAGGAAUGCUCAGACACCCCCAAAUCGAGUUAGGCAGAAUAUUAACAACGUAAAUGAACGUGAUAUACAGAGUAUUAUGGCGGCCCUCGCUGAGUUGAAGGAAGAUGAGUCUGCCGACGGCUUUGCUGCCAUAGCUGCCUUCCAUGGUUCACCGGCUAAGUGUGUGAGAGAUUCGGGCGAACCUGUAGCUUGCUGUGUUCACGGUAUGGCAGCUUUCCCUCACUGGCAUAGACUUUACACCGUGCAAUUCGAGGAUGCUCUCCGCAGACACGGUUCCAGUGUCGCCUUGCCAUACUGGGAUUGGACAGUAGAUGCCAGUCUCCCAAAGCUUGCUACCAGAGCCGAUUAUUACGACGCGUGGACGGAUACAGUUGUGGAAAACCCAUUUCUGAGAGGUCGCAUCGAGCACGAAGACACAUACACGGCCAGAAACGUACAGCCAGAGCUUACAGAAGUUGGUCCAGACGGCAAAAAUGCUUUGUACGAGAGCAUGUUAUUAGCGUUUGAGCAGGAAGACUACUGCGAUUUUGAAGUUCAGUUUGAAGUCAGUCAUAAUGCAAUCCAUUACUUGGUCGGCGGUCGACAUGAGUAUGCUCUUUCAUCUUUGUCCUAUACAUCGUACGACCCAAUCUUCUUCCUUCAUCACUCCCAAGUAGAUAGAUUGUGGGCCAUUUGGCAAGCCUUACAGAAGCAUAGGAAACGGCCAUACCUCAAAGCUUACUGCGCUGCUGCACAGAUGACUAUGCCGAUGAAACCGUUUAAAUUUAACGAGACGUUCAACAUGAACUCCGUGACACGCUCUCACGCCAGGCCCGAUAGCGUCUUCAACUAUGAAAACCUGGGCUAUACCUACGAUGAUUUGAAAUUUGAUGGACACAGUAUUGAAGAGUUAUCUGAAAUAGUUGAAAGACAAACGCAGAGCGAUCGAGUGUUUGCCAACUUCCUCCUCCAUGGUAUUGGUACAUCCGCUGAUGUAAAAUUUUCCGUUUGUAAGACGGACAACACAUGUGAGCGUGCUGGACUUUUCUUCAUUCUAGGCAGCGAUCUUGAGAUGCCUUGGGCCUUCGACAGAACCUUUAAAUACGACAUCACCAAAGCACUGCAGAAACUAGGCGUGAGUUUGUCCGAUGACCUAUACCACUUGAAGGUAACCAUUGUGGCUGUGAACGGAACAACUCUGUCCAACGAUGUUAUCCCGGCGCCCACCUUGACUUUCGUUCCAGCUUCCCGUUCUGGAAGACAGGCAGAAGCCGAUCAUGCAGCUGCCCCAGGUAUUAGGAAGAAUGUGAAGGACCUGUCUUCUUCAGAAAUGGAAAACCUCCGAGAAGCUAUGCGACAAGUACAGCAGGACCCUUCUUCACGCGGUUACCAAGCCAUUGCAGCAUACCAUGGUCUGCCCGCCAAAUGUAAGAACGGCAAUGGCCAAAAAAUGGCUUGCUGUCUCCAUGGAAUGGCUAAUUUCCCUCACUGGCAUCGACUGUACACUAAGCAAAUGGAAGAUGCUCUGGCGGAGAAGGGAGCCCGACUGGGAAUGCCGUAUUGGGACUGGACAAUGCCAUUCACAAGCUUACCCCACCUCGUCACCGAAACUGAGAACAACCCCUUCAACAAAGUGAAAAUAGUGUUCAAGAAUAAGUAUACCACCAGAGACCCUGUCCCCAACCUCUUUAGGGACCCUGAGUACGGAGAAAAAUCCUUCUUCUAUCGCCAAGUCCUCUUUGCCUUAGAGCAGACAGAUUACUGUGACUUUGAAAUUCAGUUCGAAGUAAGCCACAACGCUAUUCACUCUUGGGUGGGAGGUUCUUCCCCAUACUCCAUGUCAACUCUUCACUACACGUCAUACGACCCACUUUUCUUCCUCCAUCACUCCAACACGGACAGGAUCUGGGCUAUCUGGCAGGCCCUUCAGAAAUACCGUGGUCUCCCGUACAAAUACGCUAACUGUGCCAUACCUCUACUCAGAAAACCCAUGAGACCAUUCAGUGAUGACGACAACUGGAAUGCAAUUACCAGAACAAACUCUAGACCCAUCGACGUAUUUGACUAUCAGCGAUUGGGCUACCAGUACGACCAUCUGAGGUUCGACGGUUUAGACAUACCACAGCUGGAGGUUCUACUGAACGAAAACAGACAGAAAGACAGAGUCUUUGCCGGCUUCCUUCUCAGCGGUUUCCAGGCAUCUGCCGAUGUAAGGUUUGAUGUGUGUCUGGCGAGCGGGGAAUGCAAAUUUGCGGGUACUUUUGCUGUGCUCGGUGGAACAAAAGAAAUGCCCUGGGCAUUUGAUAGAUUGUUCAAAUACGAAAUUACAGAGGCUCUAUCAGCUCUACGCGCAGACCAUCACAGUGUCUUCACGGUUGAGACAACGAUUAUUGCUACCAACAAAACUAAACUUGCAAGUAAUCUGAUCCCACGACCGACUGUCAUCUAUGAACCCGGAAAAGCCUCUACUUCAACAAAACGCGUGACCCAACCCAAGAGGACUGCACUUCUUAGGAAGGGACUCAACACCCUUACAUUAGAUGAGGCGAAAAAUCUGCGGGAAGCUAUGUUCAAAAUGAUGAACGACGAAGGUCCGAAUGGAUUUGAGGCCAUUGCAACAUUCCACGGGGCCCCAGGCAAGUGCCCAGAGGGCGCAACAGAGAACACGUUUUCCUGUUGUAUUCACGGAAUGCCAAUGUUCCCACACUGGCACAGACUGUUCGUUCUACAAGCUGAGAAGUCAUUACAGGAUCACGGGGCUACUGUAGGUAUACCUUACUGGGACUGGACACGGUCGAUGAAGGCUUUACCAAACUUUGUUAGUCAGGCAGAGAACAAUCCUUGGCAUCGUGGAUACAUUCGUUUUGAGGGUAAAUACACCACUCGAACUGUUGAUCCACGCCUGUUUGAUCCACCACAAGUGUCUGGGCGAAACUUCCUUCAUCAUAAUGUACUCCUGUCUCUGGAAGAGGAUGACUACUGUGAUUUUGAGGUGCAGUUCGAAAUCUUCCACAACACGAUCCACGCCUGGGUGGGAGGAGCCGAUCCACGCUCCUUGUCCACCCUGGAGUACUCAGCCUUCGAUCCCCUCUUCCUCAUACAUCAUUCUAACAUGGACAGGCUCUGGAUCAUCUGGCAGGAAUUACAAAAACUGCGAGGAAAGCCAUACAACUCAGCACCGUGCGCUGGAAGAAAGAUGUCCCUUCCUAUGCAACCAUUCCAUUUCGAUAGCCUGAAUCACAACACCCUGACCAAAGAGAACAGCAGGGCCAUCAAUGCUUUCGACCACCAUGCUUUCGGCUAUGAAUAUGAUAGCCUUGAUCUCAACGACCUUGGCGUUAAUCAGCUUCUUGCAUAUAUCAAGGAAAUUAAGCAACACGAUCGCUUUUUCGUCGGCUUCAAUACCCACGGAUUUUCCGCGUCUGCCAACGUUGACUUCUUCAUCUGCCGAAGAAACGACAACGAAUGUAACAACUAUGCUGGCUCGUUCUCCGUACUUGGCGGACCUACAGAAAUGCCCUGGGCCUUCGAAAGACCAUUCAAAUACGAAGUCACAGAACUGUUCAACAAGCUUGGCUACAAAUACACUGACGACAUCAAAGUCAGAACAGAGGUCAAGGCAACAAAUGGCAGUGCCCUAAACAUCGAGUUUCCUCUGCCUGUUAUUGUAUACCGUCCGCCUAUAUCUGAAAAUGACGUAUAUGUAAUAUCCAUCGGGCAAGGCAGAACACCGGCCCACAAGAUCGUGGCCAAGAGGGGAACAAGGUUCAUCGUCAAUCCAUUUGACGCAGAGUCUGAAGGAAAGCGCUACAUCAUGGAUCUAAGCAGCUACACUCCAUUCUACAGAUGUGAUGUCCCUGAGUUCGGUUUCCAAAAGUACAACUUCAACCAGGAAUAUACUUUGGCUCCCGGAACAUACUAUUUCACUACGGCCGAUUCCGAAACAUGCAAGCAAGGGGCUAAAUUCAUCUUGGAAAUUGCUGAAUAAUACCUGAGUUAGAACUGAUGGAUUUGCUCAAGAUGUGCUACUGUUUGACAGAAGUAGGGGAAUGAAUGACUGAUCCAAAAAAAAAGAUACAGAGGGAUGGUUCACAAAUCUCAACGUGUCUUCGUCUAGAUGUACAGCGUGUAAAUCAUCCACAAUAGUAUCCGGUGGUGAAACACAAACUUUGGCCUCAGGUGUAAACAUUCCAGAAUUUUAUUACACUAUUUUGAACAGUAUUGAUUUCCAAUUUUAAAAUGUUUACAAAGUUGUCGCUCACCUCUUAAAAGCUGUGCCGGAAACCAGUUAUUUCAGUUUCCACGAUGUUCUCGGUUUAAUAAAAUAAUUUAACAUA